GAUGUCUUGUUUCUGUCGACAUGUUCAUUGAAUGGCCAUAAUUGGCAAUUAUGGCCCGACCCAAACCUAUGGCUGGCCUCCGGCUUCUGAGAUUAAUACUGGUGAUUUGGACAGCGCUCGCAUGCGACAGCUCGGGCGUUGUUCCCGAUCUCGCGCCGCUGCGCUUUUCUCGCUUCUCUCACUUCCUGUUGGAAUGUGGCCUCGAAGGAGCUAGGCAAAGGAUUUGCAGCCUACUUCGCGACCUCCUUCGCCACCUAAUAGUAACGUGCAGUCACGCCCUGUUGAUUCUAGUACCGGUACUCUGGUGAAUUCAACACUUUCAAAGGAAUCUUCUCUACGCUGUUGCCUGUUGCCGCGCCGCUGUCGCGGCGAUUCUCGUGCCGUGAUUCUACGUUUUCAUUGCC